AUGGAACAACCAGAGAUGACUGAUUCGUUCAGUUUUGGACAGAGUAAGAGAGCACAGAGGGGAUUUGAGGUUCGAGAUCCAAUGAAUCAAAAGUGCAGAAGUGUCAAGAAGACAAUUAUGGUUAAAAAAUCUCACAAGAGAGGCAAAAUAAUUCACAGCUUUAUAAAUAAACAGAUAUCCAUCUCGAAGAGGGCCAACAAGAAGCCAAAGAAAGGACAGACUGAUACUUCUCCUCUCUUGAUAGAGAGCCAGAUAAUCCUGGAGACAGAAGAAGAUAAUGAAGAAGAGCACAAAUUUGAUCGUCAACAGAUCAUGAACAAGAGAGUUCCCUCUUUCUCUCCUCAUAGUUCAAAGAUGCUGCCUACUUCAAAGAAGAUAAUAGGACAAAUUAAUAAUUUCACAGUCAAAAGAAGAGGAGAUAAAACCACGAUCUCUAGAUUCUGUAAAAACAAGACUAGGAACAUUGGCUCUCGAGGAACUUUGCAUAGCAGAGGUGUUAACAGCCCCACAUUCAUAAGCGCUGAUGGGGAGUACUGUCCUCGGCCGAUCCGCCCAAGCAAGAACAAAGCCAUGAGGAAAUUCUACUUCAGUCAAGGACGAAAGAGGACGCCACUCAGAGGUUUAAGAGAGUUAAGUUUUCAGAAAUAAAAUAAUCAGUCCGGAACCAGAGAAAAGAACAUUCUUCCACUCAACUCAUUCAGGAGAUCUCAUGUCACAGAAAACUAACAAUUUCUCAAAUACAUCAAUCGGAAGAUAUGAAAUUGACAUGAAACAACGCAAAGAAUCUCAUGAAACUGGCUCAUCAAUUCUAGGUGAGCUCAAAGAAGAAUUUAUGAAUGCUGGCAACAGUAAGCUUUUCAACCAGAGAAUGUUUGAUUCUCUCCAAAACCGUAUCAUAUUGCCACGGAAUGCAAAGACAAGUGGGCAUAAGUUACCAACAACUCUGUCUCAGAAGAAACCGGCGGCUGAUACCAAGCCUAAUUUCUUCAUGAAUUUGCCGUGCAAUAAAAAGAUCAAGAAAGAUCUGCCUCUGAGGAAGCAGAUUAAUAUGAUCUUGGUAAGAAACCAGCUUCUAAAGAUGAUAAAGGAAAGGAAGAAAGAGCACAUAGAUGAGUUUAUUGAGAACCUGGGAAAACAAAGUGUUGAUAAAUUUGAUAUGAGCUAUUAAAAUACUCACAUAAUUGAGCCGCAUUUCAAGUUA